AUUGCUACAGGAACCAAAGCUGUGGAGAGCAAGAAGCUCCCGCUCGCAGGUGUGCGAGUACUGGAUAUGAGUCGGGUCCUCGCAGGGCCAUACUGCACACAAAUUCUGGGUGAUUUAGGAGCGGAGAUAAUCAAGAUCGAACACCCCAUUCGAGGCGACGAUACCCGUGCCUGGGGUCCACCUUUUGCAGCAUACACAGACGGUCGAGCUGGCAAUGGCGAAAGCGCAUACUACCUUUCCGUCAAUCGCAACAAGAAGUCGCUCGGUCUCUCUUUCGCCCACCCGGAAGGUGUCGAGAUCCUCCACCAACUCGUGCGAGAUUGUGACGUGGUAGUAGAGAAUUACCUCCCCGGCUCUCUGAAGAAAUACAAUCUCGACUACAAAUCAUUGCGCCAGAUAAACCCGCGCCUCAUUUAUACCAGUAUCACGGGAUAUGGACAGACGGGUCCCUACAGCAGCCGACCAGGUUUUGACGUGAUGGUUGAGGCGGAGUUUGGUCUCAUGCACCUGACUGGUACUCGAGAUGGGCCACCUGUGAAAGUCGGGGUUGCCGUGACGGAUUUGACGACGGGGCUAUAUGCGUGCAACUCCAUCAUGGCGGCUUUGUUGGCACGGGCGAACACGGGAGAGGGACAGCACCUCGAUGUGUGCUUGAGUGAUUGUCAGGUGGCGACGCUUGCUAAUAUGGGGGAGUCGGUGUUGAUUAGUGGGAAGAAAGAUUCUGGGAGGUGGGGUACUGCUCACCCUUCCGUAGUUCCAUACCAAGCAUUCAAGACGGCUGACACGGAUAUCUUUGUUGGGGGCGCCAAUGACCGACUAUUCGGAAUACUGUGCGAUAAACUCGACAGGCCGGAGUGGAAGACCGAUCCACGCUUUAUUAGCAACAGUGAUCGUGUCCAUAAUCGAUCAGAGCUCGAACCGUUGAUUGAGGCUGAGUUAAUGAAGCAAACAACGAAAGUGUGGCAGGAUCGUUUUGAAGGAAGUGGGCUGCCCUUUGCGGUCGUGAAUGAUGUUCAAGGAACAAUGAAUCACGAGCAUGUACGUGCUCGUGGAAUGGUUCAAUCCAUUGAUCAUCCUGCUUGUGGACCGAUCAAGGUCAUCAGCCCUCCCGUCAAGUACUCGAAUGCCGAGCCUAGUAUUCGGAGCCCACCGCCUCUUCUGGGUGAGCAUACUGAGGAGCUGCUGAAGGUCAUUGGUUUUGAUACUGCUCGAAUUGGGGAGUUGAAGAAGAAAGGGGUCGUUGCAUAG